CCCACUGAAGUUCCAUUCGUGCCUUUGCUCUUGGGAAUGGAAGGCAUUCCGUACGUAGGUUUUUGUCACAGUCCGGACCAUUGUUCUGGGCCUUGCUCGCCAAGAGCCAACAGCAUCUACACAGUGGAGCCCGUCGGUCGACUGCAUGCAACAAGUUUCACACCUAAGCAGGCGUCGUGGUUCGAUGAUUACGCUCCACCAUGUAACUGGAACUUUAUACCUUCGUCCCUGCUGCCCCGGGGCCCGUUCGCCGAUUGCUUUUUCCAAUAUGGCUGGCCUCAUUGUUACGAACCUGCUUGUUUUUCUCGUUGUCGCCGGGCUGUACCUCGCCUACCGCGCAUCAAGGUACUCGAACAAAAGCAGUCUGCCUUUGCCUCCAGGUCCGAGGGGUUUACCGGUUUUAGGUAAUGUAAAUGAUUUACCAAAGCCAGGUGAGCUGGAAUGCCACCACUGGCUCAAGCAUAAGGAACUUUAUGGUCCGAUUAGCUCGAUCACGGUGCUGGGCAAUACUUUCGUGAUCAUUAAUGACGCCAAUAUCGCAUUGGAGUUGUUGAGGGACAGGGCGGCGGUCCACUCUGGUCGGCCGAAUAUGUUUUUCAGCAGUCAGAUGAUCGGAUGGAACAAUACGUUAGCUAUGAGCGGGUAUACGGAAGUAUUCCGCCAGCACCGAAAGAAUAUCGCAAAGGUAGCCGGUUUAAGCACUGCUGUCUCUGUCUUUGAUCGCGUGCAAGAAGAAGAAGCUGCACAUUUCCUUCAGAACAUCCUUCGAGCCCCAGAAGACCUGUUCGACCAUAUUGAGAAACAGGCUGGGGCUGUGAUCUUGCGCAUCACGUACGGCUACACACCGAAACACGAUGGCAAGGAUCCCCUGGUCGAUAUGGCGGUCAAGACCAUGCAUGAAUUUGCAGAUUCGACCGUACCAGGCAAAUACCUCGUGGAUGUUUUCCCGUUCUUGCGUUUUCUUCCGGACUGGGCUCCUGGCGCCGGAUUCAAAGGCACGGCGCGUAGCAUGGCUAAGCAGCUGCAAGAGACUACUGAGCGUCCAUAUGAGUUCGUGAAAGAACAAAUGCGCAAAGGUAAGGCCAAGACAUCCUUUCUCACUCAGGCUCUGGAGAACAUCGGCGCCGAUGCCCAGAUGGAGCGCAUACACAAGUGGUCCGCGUCGUCCAUGUAUCUGGGCGGUGCGGACACAACUGUAUCAUCCCUGAUGACCUUCUUCCUUGCUAUGAUGGUGUGCCCAAACGUACAGAAAAAAGCACAGGAGGAGCUUGACCGCGUCAUUGGCGGUGACAGGCUCCCCGUUAGCGCCGAUAAAGGAACACUACCGUACAUUGAUGCUAUUGUCAAAGAAGUCCAUCGCUGGCAUCCGGUCGCUCCGAUGGCGCUGCCACAUUGCGCCGAUAAGGAUGACAGCAUCAAUGGAUAUCGUAUCCCCAAAGGCGCCUUGCUCCUUCCGAACAACUGGUGGUUCACCCAUGAUCCUACUGUCUACCAGAACCCAAGUCUAUUCAAACCAGAACGCUUUCUCGCGUCACCAACACAUACUCCUGAAGCGGAUCCGCGCACUUGGACGUUUGGCUACGGUCGACGCGUCUGCCCAGGCCGUCACGUUGCAGAUAACGCUUUGUUCGUCACUAUUGCCCAAGCCUUAGCUGUAUUUGAUAUUUUGAAGCCGGUAGACAGUAGUGGUAAGACUGUUGAGCCUGAGUUGAAAUUCGAGCCCGGUGUUGUUAGCCACCCGAUCAAGUAUAUUGCGAUGGUCAUGCCCCGAAGUGACGCAAAAAAGACCCUCAUUAUGCAGGCAGAGAAGGAAUUCCCAUGGGGUGAAAGUGACGCUGCUGCGCUGAGAGACUUCGAAGUGCGGAGUGCAGAGUCUUUCAAAGAGGUAUAAAGAACUGUUAGAGAUCUGUACAGGAACCAUGGAUGAACAUUGAUUUAUCAGGUCGUAUUGUCGUUGUUGAUGUCAUGCAGUAAGCGAACUAUCACCUCCCAUGUCGCUUUCCUAUACACCCCAUCGAUCCAAUAGUUGCCUUUUGCAUCUUGGCCUUUGAUGACAGUCAAGUAUCUUGAAUUGGGCCUUUGGCUUGCAGUCUCCAGUUGACCCACAUACGAUGGCUUGGUGAGUACUGGGUGUGCCCUGGCAGGGUCAUUGUGAUCACCAUUACGCAG